GACUGAGACGCUGACAGAUCGGGUUUUUCUUUCUAUCGGGUUUGUUUUUCUUUACGCGAAGAGAUCAAAUUAUUGGUGGGGACAGGUCCCUUCCGUCCAUGCCAAAUCUACGCCCUUGGAUCUGAGACAUUUAGAACAUUUAGAACAAUCGAAGCGUCGGAGUUGAAGAACGGGAAAUGUCUGCUGUGACUGCGUCACUCUGCUCGACUUUGCUGUUUGUCGGCCUCUUCGUGUUUGUCUCUGCAGACCAGGAAAACAUCACAGCAAAGUCUGGACAGAACGUCACUCUGACAUGUCGAGCUCCAAACAGCAACAUUAGAGCUAUAGAGUGGAGCAGAGCUGACCUGGGAGAUAAAUAUGUCCUUUUGUACCGAGAUGGACACUUUGAUGCAGCCAACCAGCAUCCAUCUUUUAAGAACCGGUCGGAUCUGCAGGACAGACAGAUGAAGGAUGGAGACGUGUCUUUGAUUCUGAAGAAUGUGAUGACUGCUGAUAAUGGGACAUACAAGUGCCGUGUCAUCAUGAGUGGGACAAACAAUGAACACAUUUGCAACAUCACACUGAGUGUUGUUGAUCCUCCAGGUCAGACAGGAGGAGACACAGAGGAUGGAUCUGUUGGACUGAUAGUUGGUUUGGUAGUUUCUGCUGUGCUUCUUCUUGCUGUUGUUGUUGGUUUUCUGAUCUAUAGAAAACAUCAGAAAGGUGUUUUAUAACUGAGCUGUUAAAUCUCACUGUCACAUGACAUGAUCCUAUGACCCCCUCCGCAAAUCUUUUCGUAGUGGAGGGGUUUGUGUGUCCCAGGUAUGGAAAUUUAAAUUCUUAAAUUUGAAAAGCAGAAAUUAUCUGCCUGAUUUAUGUCAGAUAUCACUUUUUAUAUAAUUUAUUAAGUUAUUCUUGAUUUCAUUGUCUCAUAUUUUACAGUAUCAUUGAUUGUGUUUUAUCUUCAGGUUCAGCUGUUUGUAGAUCAAACUUGUUCUGAGAGGUUUGAACAGUAUAAAUUAAUCCUCAUCUACAGAUGAGCUGUUACAGUAUAAUUACUGACACUGACUGAACCAAGUGACAACACAAACACUGUAUGUGAUAAAGAAAAGACAAAUUACUGUAGAUUAUAGACGAUCAAUAAUCUGCCCGAUAGUGUUCAGGACUUGUUGAUCAGCUACAACUGAAUAAUUGUUAUAAUGAACAGUGUUAUGAAACCAAGGAGAGAAAUUAUUUUCAUGGAGCUGCAGAGUCAGAUGUUUCCUCUCCGAUCUGUGAAACUUUGAACUUUUCCUACAGUGAAGGAAAAUCUUCAGUCUGUUGCUGCAGUUUAAAGCAGAUCACACAUUAGUUUAACAUUUAACAAUGUUUUUUGUGACUUUUCUUGUUCAUUUCUUAUAAAAUUUGAAAGAUCAGUCCUGAAUUUUUUCUAUUAAUUUUCUUUAAUUCUUCAAUUGUUUGUUUUCUGUGGCCGUAAAAGAUGAAAGAAGUUUUCUGACCUUUUCCUGCAGAUUUUAUCUGAGCUGAAUGAGUCCAAACAGACCACUGAACAUGUGUGAAGGAAAAAAACACACAAUAAAAAUGCUCUGUGAAUCUUUUUCCCUGCCUGA